GAACUCGCCCUUGUUACAAUAAAGCUUUAAAAAUGUCGCGAAUAUUUUUCUGCGCAUGUCUUAAUUUGUUCUGAAGAAAACAGUAUAUAUAAGUACGAAAGUAUAUGCGAUUCAUUCAUAAAAUACUUAUACAGUUUUCUUACCGUGUUAAAGUAACGACAAAACUUUACAAAAUUGUAGUAAAGUAUAUUAUUGUGUCAGGUUUUUUGAAUUAAUAUUCCAAAACAACACCCAAAAAUAUUCACUUUUACGCAUUGGUGAUAGUUAGAUUGGUCACCAAAAGGAGCUGGAUUUAAAGGUAAAACCAUUUUGUGUGCUUAAAAUUUUGUAAAAAAGUCCGUACUUAAAAGAUAUAUGACCAACACCUUAAAUUAUUUUGUAUGUAUCUGUUUUAGUUAUUUUAAAAAUACAGUGUUUUUCAGCAGGAUGAGACCUCCUAUUGACUCGUGGAGUUACUAUAAAACGUGGCCUCCAAAGUUCAUCUUUCCCAAAAUGCGUAAUUGCAUAAUUGGAAAAUACCAAAAAUGCCGGAAAAAAGACAACCACGUGUUUCAAUACAUAUCAACCCGAUGCAAGUAAAGACGAUAACUUUGUUGGUGGUCACUCCGGAAGUCUAAUAUAACAACACGAAAAUGCAUUGCAGCCGCCUCUUGAUAAAGUAUAUACAACUUGAUGUAUUGGUCAUACUGGCAACCAUUAGGAUUGGAGAUGCAAAUUUUCUUGGGACCCGCAAUCGGGAAAGAAAUUUGAAUAAUAACAAUGGAGUAAAAACUGAAGAGUCAUCACAUAUCGUAAAUUCCGGUGGUGUAAGAACAGUUGGGGAAGUGUUUGUACCAAAAACAUUUUCACUGAACUCACAGGAGCCAACAUGCGAACAGCUUCGCGCCAUGUGGAUAUUUUCCAAAAGGCAAUCCCGAGCUGCUGAAAUCACUAAUGAAAUACCAACAUAUCGGGAUCCCUUUACUUAUAAUGUUUGGGAGCCUCUUUUUUUGAACUCACGAAUGCUGGGAUCACUAAGGAUGGGCGCAAAGGAAAGAGCCAGAUCUCCAGUUUUUGGCCGAGUUGUUAACCGAGAGCCAAAUACGCCUCAACGUAUUCCAUUUGAACACCAUCAGAGAUUGGUUGAAUUCGGAUCAAGUGGUCCCGGUGCAAGUCAAUCCCGAUAUUAUGGUGCUGAAACGCGUCCACAAACCGGGGCUUCUUCUUCAUCACGUAGGUCAAGUAAAAAUCGAUACAUGGGAGUCCCAAAUGGCACUAGAACUAAUGCAAAAGAAAGCCAAAAUGCAGUUGCCAUACAAGGCAGUUUUCAAAAGCUCAAAGAACUUAUAUGGACUGAGAGAGCUAAGGAGUUAACAGAGCAACGUAGAGACGAGGAAUUGGAAGCUCGUGCGGCUGCACUAAAAGAAAUUGCUAACGGAAGAAACAUACUAGGUUAUAAUCCUCAGGCCGGCAGCUCAACUGAUUCUUUAUUAAUGGAUGAAAAUCGAAGCCCUGACGGAAACAGUUACCAGUACAGUGACUUAAAUCAUAUGUCAAUUUUUAAUGAUCAAAACUUUGAAAGCGAUAAAACUAAUAAAAAUGGACAUAGGACUGGUAGCAAAGCAAGCACACGACGCAUCGGCAGUUCUCCUUCUUACAAUAAAAAAGAAAGUCAAGCAAAUAAAGAAGUAAAAAGCUUAUUUCCAGGAUCUAAAGGCAUUGGUCCAGGGAACAGAUCAGGACGCAUUAAAAUUCCCGCAACUGAGCUAUAUUCAAGCGAUUCCACCGAAAGGGAUCUUUCCGUUAUUGGUAUUCCAAGACAUACCCAAUACGAAAAUCGCAUUUUAGAGAGCGAAAUCGAUCCCUUCUAA